AUGAGCUCACACGCGAGCCUAAGCGCGGCCGCCGACGAUCGUAAGGCCCGCCUUGCGAAGCUCAAAAAUCUCAAGAGAAAACAACCCGGAGACGAAGUUGUGCCGCCAGAGUCAGAACGUGAGGGGUCGGCACCGGCAAUAGAGAACGAUGUCGCAAGGAUACACCUAUCGGGCCGCAACUACGACCCCGAAGUGCGCGGACCCAAGCUUGGCUUCGAGGCACCACCGAUACAAGACCUGGAAAAGCCUACGCUGGAGGAGCAGGCGGCAGACAUCGAAGCCGACGUGAAGGAGAAGGCAGCCGAGGAAGCGCAGGACGACAAGGGUAUUGAUCUGUUCAAGCUCCAGCCGAAGAAGCCGAACUGGGAUUUGAAGAGGGACUUGGAGAAGAAAUUGGAGGUUCUCAAUGUUAGGACGGACAACGCUAUUGCAAGACUCGUACGAGAGCGCAUUACCAAUGCUCAGAAGUCGAAGCAGGUCGAGGGAGGAAGCGGAGAAGGCAACGCGUCGGGAGUAGAUGGCGUCGCAUUAGUGGAGGGACUGCGUGUGCGAGAGAGGGAGGAAGAAGAAGAGGAGCGACGCGAGAGGGAGCUGGACGAAGAUCUGGCCAUCUGA